GCCGGUUGCUUGCCUGCCCCACUAAAUUUCUAGAGCUUGUGAUACCUACCUCCAAGCGCAUUCAGUGUGAGCCAUUGACUCACCUCGACAAUUCACUGGCAAAAAGUCCACAAUCCCAAGCGACAUUGGCCCAGUUCUGGAAGCUAUUGUUGGAGAACCUUUUUGCGACCAGCAGCCUUGUCAUUCCCCCCCGCCUAUAUCGAUUUCAUAGAUAUCCGUCCAGUACCAUUCGUAAAGACCAUACAGCCUCGAGCAGGGAACAGUCGCACUCUCACUUCGACAUCACCUCCACAAUACCUCAGUAGCACACAGAGUACUAUACACAGCUCAUCGCCAUGGCGUCGUCGCAAAUGAGCUAUGCCCCCACGUUGGGCAAGCUCCUCAAGUCUCUCAACACUCAGCCCUUGGAGGCUUCUAUCGAGGCUCUUAUUUACCUCCUAAAACGUCGCCAAGUCAAGGGCGAUGAUGUCGCCAAUGCCACAGCCCAUAUGCUGCUCCAGGUCGUCGCCAAGUCUAAGUGGCAGAACGUCGAUCAGCUGCUCGCAAAGGUCUCCAACACCGGCCACAGACUUGCCCAAGCUGCUCCCACUGAGCAAGUCAUCGGCAACGUUGUCCGCCGAGUAAUGGGUCUUAUUCGUGAUGAGGCUUCCGAGGACAGAAAUGCCGACGAGAUGGGCGACUCAGUAUCCGACCUCUCCCAGCUGCCCACAACGCCCACCAUUUCCACAAGGCCAGGCCCCACGCCCCUCCGCGCCGCGACUCUCCCCAUGUCCAAGUCCAUGUUCAACCUUCUCUGCGUCUCAGAGACCGCACAGUCACCAGUUACCGGCGCAUCUACCCCCAUGUCCCAGGGCGCAUCUGCCAACAUGCAUGCCCUACGGUCCGAAGUUAUCGAUGGCAUCGAAGAGAUUAUGGACGAGAUCAGCCAGGCGGACGACCAGAUUGCGGGUUUCGCGGACAUCCAGAUUCACCCCGGCGAUUACGUGCUCGCCUACCUCCCCUCCCCAACAGUCGAGAGAUUCCUCCUCAAAGCCGCAGCAAAGAGGAGGUUUACCGUGUUCAUCGCCAGCGCUGAGCGUCAAAAACCCGGCGAGGUGCCCCAUGCUGCCCUACGGAAGAAGCUCAACGGUCUCGGGGUCAACGCCAUCAGCCUGGCUAGCAACGGCUUGAUGGCCUAUAUGCCUAGGGUGAACAAGGUCGUUAUCAGCGCCAAGGCCGUAUAUGCGAACGGCGGUAUUUCCACAGAGAGUGGGUGCAGUACUGCUGCUAGGGCAGCGCAGGAGUACUCCAAGCCCGUUAUCGUUCUAAGCGGUGUUUACAAGUUCUGCCCCGUAGAUCCGUCGGACGAUGGGACCGAGUUCGAGCAGGGAGAUUCUUCGACGUAUGUCGACUAUGCCGACGGUGAGGCCGUCGAUGCCCUCGAGGUAGAGAACAUCGUGGGCGAGUACCUGCCACCCCAAUACGUCGAUGUAUACCUAACAAACCUUGGCCCCCAAACACGAGAUCAUCUUGCCACCAUCAUGGCCGACCAUUACAAGCUCGAAGAUAUGGGCUUGUCUUUGCAUCUGCCUUAGAAGCCGAAGAGAAAAAAAUGAAGAAAAUAAAAAGACGCGGUUAAUAAUGUAUCAUGCUGCCGGUCCAAUGCAAUACUCGUUCAAAUACCUCUCGACUGUUCCUGGUUCAACCUGGCCGACCAAUAUGCGUUCCGAAAAUACAACAUCGUGCGUUGCAUAUAUGUCAACUGAAGAGUCAUAUCUGUACCCAUAAACUUGUUUGUUCCUUAUCAUCGUGCAUAUUUCGGUAGUCCCGAUGGCGAGGUUUUGCGGAUUCACCGGACUCAGUAGCUUUGGACGCUGGCAGAGGCUUCGACGGGCAUGGUUAGAUGGGGUGAAGGGACAAGAUGUGUCGCUUUUUCUUGCUGGGCCGCCAUCGAACUUAAGGAUCUAGAUGAGUGCAGUACAGCAUCACGUAAGGAUAUCGUAUAUAAGCAGGAAUCGGGGCCUCCGCUGCGGACAUCGGAUGCUGUUAUGUCGGACUUCAUCUGCGCGCCGAAAUAUAUUUCCCUGGAAAAUACAUCUCCCUGCACAGGGAGUCUGACAGAUACUUAAACUUGCCCAUCCAUUCUCUUUCCACUCGAAUUAAUUCCCUCUCUUUUUCUCGUCAUCCGUCUACGUACUCGGUUCCUCGCUCCUUAGGUCAUUUAUCCACGUAAAUCAAUACAUCAACGGCUUGUC